CCCUUCCUCUGCCGACUUUGCCCCCCGAACCCAAGCUUCCCUUUAGCUUUCUUCUCCCAAACAUCUUUUUUUCUUUUUCCACUGCACAGUCCAUGUUGCGGAUUCUUUGUCUCGUCAAAGUCAGACUAGCUUCCAAAGCGACCACUGGCUUAUUUUGACUGUCCGCAUCCUCCGCCCCGUCUCAAAGAGGAUUCCAUUCCUUCCCAUCUCACCCAACUCGAUGACCCUGGACGUCAUUGUGACCUGAAAGCAAACCGACAACAACAAUAGCACACACAGACGUCGCUCCACCUCGGCGACCAUUCAACCCCCUCGACACCCCCAGAAGCAACUGUUGCGGACCAAGAGCCGACCUCGCCGUCGAGCCGAGCCAACCUAGCUACUGCGCAGCCGCGACAUCUCUGUCGCACCGAUUAUCCGUCACGGACGACCCCGUUCAAUCCUUCAAGUUGGCUGCACUCGCUUCUUCCCGAACUUCAUUCACCCGUUCGCUCCAUAGCCCCGCUUUCUGGGCAUAUAUUGGAGUGAACAAGAAACCGCCUUAACUUGAGCCUGCACACCCCAGCCACAGCAGUUUGAACAUAACCUGAUCUUACACGGUCACCUGGCAUCUGCGCCUCGACACCCGUCCAGGCCGGGACUAUAUCUGCCCCACCAAGGGGUUCAAUCGUUCGAAGCCCUUCGCCGCGGACGGCAGGAUUGCCGUUAGCUGCCGUCCGCUCAGGUCAACCCCAUCGACCGCUAAACGAGGAUGGGAAUGGGGAUUCACCCUUGAGUCAGCGAUCGGGCUGCCCAGGGCCGCGAGAGAAGAGUAAAGGAGUUGCAGUUGUGGAGCAACACUUGUAAUAUUGGAAAGAUUGAUCGAGCCAACGGCCUUCAAGAUCAGUCAAGAUGUCGGACCACGAAGAAGUCCUAGACACGGGAUACGAGACCCCAAUCCCGGAGCUGGAUGACCACCGCCACCACGCCCAGAGCCCCUCGAUCUCGCGCGACGAGCGACCCCGUCGAGGUACCUUUGACUCCCAGUUCGGCGGCCGACGACCCUCCGGCUCCGACGCCUCCAGGAGCGCAUUGCCUCACCCUAGCAUUCGCGUGCGCGACUUCGAAGAAGCCGUCAUUGAUGAUGAGCCUGGUGAGAUCUCGCCCAUGGGUCGACGCCAGCGCCGAGGCACAGUAGACACGACGUCCUCGUCGCGAGAGCCAUCCCCGCCCAACUCGGUCAAGGCGUUUGCGCUCGCCCGCCGCCCGCCCGCCUUGUCUUUCUCGGAGCAACGGCCGGACAAUGCCGAGCUCCAGAGGACCAUGUCAAUCACCAGCCGCCACAGCCACCGGAGCAGGUCUCGCACUGUGAAAGACAGCGAUGUCGCCAGCGUCAACACAAACAGGUCUGCCGCCGAGGAUGACGUCUGCUUCCCCCACGGGAACCGCGAUGGCCCAAACUUUUAUGUCGACUUCGAGUACCUCGAGGACUUCAUCCGGUCGCAGAGAAACGAGCGUCUCUCAUCCGACGCAAGGGAAUUCGCAGACUUGCGCCCGCAGACCACCAAGACAGCGAAUGGCGCGCCAGCGCAGAUGGCUACUGCGGACGGGGACAUUAUCGAGAUGCCGUCAGGGUCUUCGAUACAGGAGGAGAAGACCAAGGCAGAACCAAGGCAAGCCGUGGCAGAAAAGAUGCCUGCCCAGCGCUUCAGUUUCUUCUCCUCGGCCUGGGACCAGACCAUCCACGCGGCGGACCUGGAAGACCUCGCGCUACCAGGCGAGGAGCUGCGGACCCUCUUCACCUUCCCGAACGAUGGUGAAGACUAUGUCUGGUGGUUGAAUGUGAACUGUCCCACGGAUGACGAGGUGCGCGCUAUCUGCAAGGCGUUCGGCAUCCAUCCCUUGACGGUCGAAGAUAUCACGACACAAGAAGCCCGCGAGAAGAUCGAGCUGUUCAAGUCCUACUACUUCGCCAACUUCCGAUCCUACAUGGCUGUGUACGACGAGGACGGCGACCGAGAAUUUGAGCCUUUCAACAUGUUUGUGAUCGUGUUUCGGGAAGGGAUUCUCAGCUUUAGCCACACCUUCAACUCGCACGCCUCCGACGUUCGUCAGAGGAUUUCAACAUUGAAGGAUUAUGUUGAUCUUAGUGCCGACUGGAUUUGCUAUGCCAUUAUCGACAAUAUCGUGGAUAACUUUGGCCCGGCAAUCACCGAAGUGCAGAAUGCAGCUGACGCACUUGACGAUGACGUUUAUCGAGCCCGGCCCGACGACGAAGAGAAUCAUCCGUUCCUGCCGAGGCUCGGUCAUAUCCGCAAGAACAUUAUGGGUCUGAUGCGCCUCCUUGGGGGUAAGGCCGAUGUGCUCAAGGGCUUCACCAAGCGCUGCAACGAGAACUACCAAGUCACUCCCCGCAUGGAAGUCGGCCUCUACCUCGGCGAUAUUCAAGAUCACGUCGUGACCAUGAUGAAUACGCUGGGACAUCUCGAGAGGAUGCUGUCACGGGCCCACAGCAACUACCUGGCGCAGCUGAGCAUCGACAGUAUCACCCAGGGCACGCGAGCCAACAAGGUCCUUAGUAAGAUCACGUUCCUCGCCUCAAUCAUUGUGCCCCUGAACGUCGUUACUGGUCUUUUCGGCAUGAACGUGCCAGUUCCGUUCGGCGACCCCGGCAACUUGACGGCCUUCUUCUGCAUCCUGGGUGUUUUGAUCGCCUUCUCGAUCAUCUGCAUCCUCGCGGCCAGGAGGCUUCGCUAUAUUUGAAUAUGGGAACCCGACUGGCCUCGAUGUUGGAAAGAUGGACGGUUUUCUCGUUCUUUGGGCUAUUACUCGUGCAGUUUCACGUCGUUCCACCUACGUAUAUGUCAAGAUCAUGUUGGUGCUAAUGGGCGGUGGUUGAUCUGUGUCACCAUUUUUGGUGGCUCGCCUCUUUUUCUUGGUUCCGCACUGGGCUACUUAUAGGAAUAGACUAGAUGCGGUAUUGCUUUUAGACUAAAUAGCAUUAAAAGACAACUCAGUCGCCAAAUGUGGUUCGUCCCAUCUCUCAACUGGGCUCGGUCUUUCGGCCUUGUAUGCUGUCCUUCCCAUAUUUGACUCCCAGACUAGAUCUCGUCAGUCAGGCAGCGUAAUCAGAUACCAUCGAUGAGGUGAAGCCCUCUGGUAAGAUACAUGGAAGCCUGCUAUGUACUUCGCGAAGCCGAGUCACCUAACUCCUCGUUUAAAUACGCAUAUCUCUCCUCGUCCGCCUCCCAAUCAUCGUAGUUCUGGUUGUCUACAACACUGUCGUCAGCCUCACGCUCCAGCACAAACAUCA